UGCCGACGUGGAGUGUUUCGCAAAUCACCUGAGGAAAAAUGCAAAAUUCUUCACAGAUUUCGCAUAGACCCGAACAGGAAAAUAUCUCUACAGAUUUGAUUGAAUUCCUUUCCAACUAUCAGAAUGAAAGUGACUGGGGUCCUAGACGGGAUCCGCUUCCCAUAGUUAUUACUAUGAGUGUGCUAUACAUUACAAUUUUUUCAAGUGGUGUAAUUGGAAAUAUCAGUACUUGUAUAGUUAUUGCAAGAAACAAAUCGAUGCAUACUGCGACGAACUAUUACCUGUUCAGUUUAGCAAUUUCUGAUUUGCUGCUGUUGAUUUCUGGACUACCACCCGAAAUAUAUUCUAUAUGGUCUAAAUAUCCGUACAUUUUUGGGGAAGCCUUCUGUGUGCUACAGGGAUUUGCAGCAGAAACAUCAGCCAACGCUACUGUUUUAACCAUCACAGCGUUCACAAUAGAGCGUUACGUAGCCAUCUGUCACCCGUUUCUAUCGCAUACGCUCUCAAAACUCAAUCGAGCAAUAAAGUACAUAAUUCUGAUAUGGAUAAUCGCGAUGUCUCUGGCAAUUCCUCAAGCUAUGGCAUUUGGAAUAGUUUGCGAGGAAUUGCCGAACGGACGGGUAGUUGAUGAUCAUUGCAUUUGCAACAUCAAGAGAUCUGUGAUACCACACGCGUUUGAAAUAUCUACAUUCGUUUUUUUUGUUGCUCCUAUAUCGAUGAUAACCGUUUUCUACAUUUUGAUCGGAUUGCAAUUGCAUCGUUCCACUGUGGAACCAUCUAGAGGUAACAGUGUUAAGAUGAGACAACGCGUUUACAAACCUGUUGUUACUUACGUUAAUUCUGCGACUCAGGUAUCGAUGGUGAACGGUGCAGAAAACGUGUUUCCGAGCAUCCUGAUACAACAUGAAGUCGAAGGAAGGAAAAUUUUUUCAAAGACUGCACAAUCAACAAAACACGUAGUCAAGAUGCUGGAAACUGAUGAAAUUAAACCAUGUCUGAUUUUUAUGAUAUCACAUGACAUUUAUGACAAACAUUCCCAGUAA